AUGCUCCACUUCCUGUCUGUGACCAUGGAAGACCCUGGCAAGGAAGCAAUCGGAAAAGGACAACACAUGGGUGAACCUGACUGCUGCACUGUGCCAACGCCUGGCAAAACAGGACUUUGGACAUCUGCUCUUCCCCUGAGUCCAACUCUUGGUCCUCAGUGUUGCAGAUGGCAGAGUAGUUUCCUGCCCUCAUAUCAGCAAAAUCAUGCGGUGUCCAUGUUGUGUCGUGACUGGAUGGCGUUCCACUUCCUGCGUUCGCUCAAUGGAGACUCUUCACAGGGCCAAGUCUUGCUGAAGCGUGUCCCAGACUAA